UCGCAAAACCCCUCAUACCGACACCGUCGACUUGAAUUCUCCAGUCGCGCAGAGCUAGAAAUCGCAGUUAUGAAGCUCGUUAGGUUUCUUAUGAAGUGCCAGAAUGAGACGGUUACGGUGGAACUCAAGAAUGGCACAAUUGUAAACGGCACCAUCACCUCCGUCUCGCCCCUCAUGAACGUCGCGCUCCGAGCAGUCAAGUACACGCCCAAGGGCCGCGACACCGUCGCCCUCGACACAAUGACGGUCCGCGGCUCAACCGUCCGAUACAUCAUCCUCCCCGACUCGUUACCGCUGGACACGCUGCUCAUCGACGACGCGCCGAAGCCCAAGAACAAGGCGAGGAAAGAAGGUGCGGAUCGCGGCGGUCCCCGUGGUGGAGGUGGACGCGGAGGAGGCAGAGGUGGAGGCGGUCGUGGCGGGCGUGGCGGCGGUGGACGCGGUGGAGGAGGAGGCCGGGGCCGAGGACGGGGGUUCUAGAUGCUUUGGGCGUGUGAAGGAAUGGCUUAGCGAAAGAUAUACGAGGCAGGGUCGAAGCUUGUGUGUGUGUGAUGCAAAAGCACAGGGUAUGGGACUCCGUGAGACGAAGACACCGCAAGUUGAUGCGUAUUAGGACCACGCUUGGAUCGGUCAGGGCAUGCGAGAUUUACAACAGCAUGCACGGCGUUUUCGGGGGAUUGGGUACGCGCGUGGAAGAAGUACAGACAUGUACACGAAAUUGAGA